UUGUGUGUGUGUGUGUGCGUGAAACAAAAGUCACAGAGGAGGAUAUCAUCCUGUUCACUAAAGGUUAGGCCAAUCCAGAGGAAGCUGCGCGUUUCUAGUUGCCUGUGGCUCCUGUGAACAUUUUGGCAAUGAUCAGUCACGAGACUCUCGCGAGACUGGCAGUACAUCCCGGCCGCCUUUGAGUUACUUCCGCGGUGCAAAUGCACAUGGCCUUGAGUGGGAGUGCUGUUUUCUUGGUUUUGUCUGCCAUAGUGUAUGCACUAAACUAUGCCUGGGCUGAGUUCAUCAAGGAGGAGGCCGCUCAGCAAGAUGCAGCAAGUGCUUGCAAGUAUGGUGAGUGGCAGGCAGUGGGUGUGUGUUCCGUGACGUGUGGAUCAGGAGUCCAACAACUCAAACGUUUUCCAGGUGAGCAAAAUGAGAGUUGCCAAAUCCAGUCCACGGAACGUCCUUGCGAAGCAAGCUCUUGUCCAAGGAAUUGCGAGGGUCAGUGGGGUGCUUGGGGCCCAUGCAAGCAAAACUGCACCCAGCUACGCCAGUAUCGCAUUGUCCGCCCAGAGACGAAUGGAGGCCGCGCUUGCAGUGAGAAGGAUCGGGCCAUACAGUCCACAGCUUGCAGUGAUGGAGAAUGCUCAAUUGACUGCAGUGUGGGGUCCUGGAACGCAAUCGGAAACUGCACUCGUCCCUGUGGAGGCGGUGAGCAGAUGUACCACAGGCCAGUUUUACAAGUUCGUGUUGGACGCGGACAAGCUUGCCCUGCCUUGGAGAAAAGAGAGGCUUGCAACGCCCAAGAUUGCGCGUAUCCCAAGAUCUUGGCAAAGCUACGAGUGGUGAUCCAGAACUUCUCUUCUGGAGAACCGGUUAUGGAUGUUGUGAGAUCAGAAGCAGAUGGUUUCAAGUCAUUGGCCAAGACAUCGCACAGUGAUGAUCCACAAGGAAAAGAAUGGGGCAUGUUUGUUGACAACGUGAGGGCUUUGGCAAGAGAUUACAAUCAGGGAAAGAAGAAGCUGUACCAAGCUCUUCUGAAGUUGAUGACUCUGUCAAGGCAGGCGCCCGAUGAACUUGAGGCACUCUUCCAGGAGUUUCUUGCAAAAGACUGGGCGCUUGCCCGGCGAAGGUUCAACAGGUUCUUGCACAAGGUUUCAAGCAUUCACCAAAUGAUUGACGAGGUCCACAACUCGUUCAUGGAAAUGGAGAAAGCAGCAGAACUGCACCGCGAGAAGGCCGUUGAUCAGCAAGAGACUUUCACAGACAUUGCAGCUGCGGUUCGCCGUUUGGGAGUGUCUGGAGAAUCAGUGGAUUCCAGCGGAUUUGCCGUGGAGAAUGGUGUAGAUCAUCGAGGCGCUGAUAUUGCAUGUGGGAAGUUCACAAGUAUUCAUGCAUUGGCUAGCCAGUGCUUGCAUGAUUCAUCUUGCCAGGCCUUCACAGUGUGGAAUGGAAAGCCAUGGUGUUUGAAGCACCUGCGCUUUGAUGAUGGCCCCGUCAGCGAUGGGACGCACAUCUUCUACAGGAAGCUUGUCCAGAGUGGAGGGGUGGUCCAAACCGAAGAGAGAGUCGAAGUGUUUCUGAAAAGAUGGUCCUUUGCUGCCAGCUUGCUCAUGACCGUUGAGAACACGAUCAACCGUGUUGCAGAGAAGGUUGGCAGCAUAGAGACGGAGCUCAAUGAGAUGGGCAUGAUCUUGGCUGAGUUGGAAGGUCUCUUAGGUGUUGACCAAGAAGUACAACAUCGUGUGGAAGAGCUGCUUCAUGACAUUGCUUCUGCAUUCACCACGAUCGUUGCCUGUUUGGAGCCAUCUAUGAAAUGAGGGCUCCAAACAGGCUUGCCAUUGCCUCGGUGUUUGGAAAGCCAAAAAGCAGGGCUGAAGUCGGCCCACGUGGGCUUCCGGCUUCCAGUGCAGAACUGAGAGCAAGGGACAUGGACCUAAAUGCCUUUAGACACAAGUUCGAGAGGCCUGCAUGUUUGGUAGUUUCAAGUGACAUUCUGCGCAGAUGACAAA